AUGUCUGUAAAGCCAAUGAAAAUGCCAGCGGCGACGAAAGAUUCAACUAUUUUGAAAAUUGCUGUGGAGAUGCUAAAUGCACCAGACAAGGUCCCACAACUCAUAGAAUUCAAUCAGAGCCACCCAUUGUCCGGAAUUAUCCAAUUAUUGUGCAAGGCGUGGGGUCUUCCUGAUCAUACAAACUACGCCCUACAGUUUUCCGAGAGUAACAACCAGAAUUAUAUUACAGAGAAAAAUCGAAACGAAAUUAAAAAUGGUUCAGUUUUGCGACUCGAGCAAUCUCCAGCGAAGACAGUUCAAGAUAUUUUGGCUAAGAUCAAUACAGGGACGGAAUCAGACCAAAUUACUGCACUAACAAAAUUGUCAACUGUAAGCAGUGAUCUCACCUUUGCACUAGAGUUUAUCAACAAGAAUGGAUUAACGCUUAUCGUAAAUCACAUUGAAACAGGUAAAUUUAAGGGCAACUGUUUGAAAUAUGCAUUAGUUACAUUUGUAGAAUUGAUGGACCAUGGCAUAAUAUCCUGGGAUAUACUUGAGAAUCAAUUUAUAAAUAAAGUUGUCAGUUUCGUGAGCAACCAAUCCACUACACAGGACCCUAAAAUAAUUCAGUCAUGUUUGUCAAUACUCGAAAAUAUUGUUCUUAAUAGUUCAGGAAAGAAUUCACAUGUUGAAAAAGAAAUAACAAUACCCAGUUUGAUAUCACAUUUGGAAAAUCAAGACAGGAUAAUACAGCAAAAUGCGAUCGCUUUGAUCAAUGCAAUUUUCUCGAAAGCAGAUUUGACUAAACGGAAGACGAUAGCCGCUACUCUAAGUUCUAAACAAGUCAGGAAUAAGAUUUAUGAGAAUUUGAUUACCAAAAAUGUUUCCAAAGAAGCUCUCGGCACAGAACUAGCUCAUCAACUGUAUGUGUUACAAACAUUGAUGCUGGGACUACUUGAACCUAAAAUGCAAACAAGAGCAGACUCCCAGGAACAAGAAUCACAGGAAAAGAUAAAGGAACUCAGAAAAUAUGCUUUUGACAAUGAAAACAAUAUUAGCGCUGAAGUAACAACUAGACGACAAACAGGAAGCUUAUCCAAAGACUUUAAGAAACUUGGAUUCAAAUGUGAAAUAGAUCCAAUCAAAGAUUUUAACGAGACCCCACCAGGAAUAUUAGCAUUGGACUGUAUGCUAUACUUUGCUAGGAAUUACCGAGAGGAUUAUACCAAAAUAGUUCUACGAAAUAGUUGCAGGGCUGAUGAACAAGAAUGUCCCUUUGGUAAGACUAGUGUUGAACUUGUGAAGCUCCUCUGUGACAUUUUGCAAAUCGGUGAACCACCAAGCGAACAAGGACAGACAUAUCAUUCCCUCUUCUUCACACAUGAUCAUCCAUUUGAAGAACUCUUCUGUAUUUGUAUUGUACUGCUAAAUAAAACAUGGAAGGAAAUGAGAGCUACGACUGAGGAUUUUGUAAAAGUUUUAAGUGUAGUAAGAGAGCAAAUAAGCAGAGCAUUGACGGCGUCACCAAAAGGCUUUGAUAAAUUUCGUCAAAAAAUUAAAGAAUUGACAUACAGUGAAAUAACACACUUGUGGCAACAGGAGCGCACAAACAGAGAAGUAUGGGAGUCGCACGCUAGACCAAUUGUCGAAUUAAAAGAAAAAAUCACGCCCGAAAUUAUAGAUCUCAUUCAACAACAGCGAUUAGGAGUUCUGGUUGGUGGAACAAGAUUUAAGAAGUACAUGAAGAUAAAUAGGAAAGAUAAGUUUUGGUUCGUCCGUUUAUCGCCUAAUCAUAAAAUAUUACACUACGGCGAGUGCGAUGAGAAGAGCACACCAAGUUUAGAGGAACUCGGCACAAAGUUAGCCGUGGCCGAUAUAAAAUGUGUGGUUGUAGGUAAAGAAUGUCCUCAUAUGAAAGAUUUGAAAGGUAAAAUCAGCAGUCCACAUUUAGCUUUCUCGUUAAUAUUAAAAGCUGCUGAAGUACCAUCAUUAGAUUUUGUCGCACCAGAUGAACAAAUAUUUGAUUACUGGACAGACGGUAUCAAUGCUUUACUUAAAGAGAAAAUGACGAGCAAAUCCUUUGAGAAUGAUUUGGAGACGCUUCUAUCUAUGGAUAUCAAAGUGAGAUUGUUGGAUGCUGAGGGUAUAGAUAUACCCCAAGAUCCACCUCAAAUACCACCCGAGCCUGAAGACUAUGAUUUUUAUUAUGAAAACAAUUAA